AUGUCUGAGAAGAAGUCUCCUGAGGACUCCUCUGCUGGCAAGGGAAAGGAGAAGGAAGAGAAGAAGGGCCAGCAGAGUCCGACCAGGGUAAACGGAGAGGGAGCAGAAGAGACACCCCCGACCCAUCCUGCUCAAGGGGCCACGCCUUCUCCGCCAGCUGCUAGGGGGUCAGCCUACGAGACUGGGGGCCCUUCGAGUUCUGCCGGCCCGACCCUGGGGCCGGAAUAUGCUGCCGCUUUCGACCGCCUCACCGAAGCGAUUCAGCACCUGGAGCAGCUUUCUCUGACCAAGACCAAGGAGAACGCCGCCACUGUGGAUGCGCUCAAGCGCAAGGUCGCAGACCUGACCCAAGAGAAGGCGGAGCUCAAGGAGCAGAUGGAGACGCUGACCCAGGGCAACGACGCUUUGGAGGAAAAUGUGCGUGAGCUGGAGCAAGCGCUCGCUAGGGCCAACGGGGAGCUCGUCUACUGGACUGACAUGCUCCGGUGCUACCACGUGUCCGACCGCUGCUGCCGGGCGAAGGCCGGGCCCGACGUUCCGAUCCGGGAGGGGACCCCAACGGAAGCGGAAUUGGAGGAGAAGAGGCCGUGCCGGAGCUGCGCCUCGCAAUACUUGCCCUGA